UUUUAAUAACCAAUCACGUUGCUUGUUUGGUAUAUUGAGUCUACAGUGUAUUCUUGUUGGAAGGGAAUAAGGUUCUUGUAAGGGGAACACGUUUCUCUUACGAUAUGCCAAAAAAGGAAUCGAAAAAAGAAACGGCUGUGACAAAAACUAAAGGCAGUGCUAAAACAGGUGCCAAAGAGAGUACAGAAAAUGCAGAUUCGGAGGCAAAGAAAAAAGCGCAGACACAAAAUAACUCCACAGAACACCCACCCCCUACACAAAUAUCAAAGUUGAAAUUCACAGGCCCUCCCCACAUCAAGAAAGACAAGCGACAAAAUUCUUCACGCUUCAACAUUACAAAGAAUCGAGAGUUGCAAAAGCUUCCCCCCUUAAAAGAUGCUACCCCUGCAGAAAGAGAGGAACUGUUCAUUCAGAAACUGAGGCAGUGCUGUGUUCUAUUUGACUUUGUUCAAGAUCCACUUAGUGACUUGAAAUGGAAGGAAGUGAAAAGGGCAGCUUUAAAUGAAAUGGUGGAAUUUGUCACACACAACCGAGGGGUUAUCACAGAUGCCAUAUAUCCAGAAGCUAUUCACAUGUUUUCCUGUAACUUGUUCCGAGCAAUACCACCCUCCUCUAACCCGAGUGGUGCCGAAUUCGAUCCCGAGGAAGAUGAACCAACGUUAGAAGCUGCAUGGCCACAUCUGCAGUUGGUGUAUGAAUUUUUCCUGCGGUUUUUAGAAUCACCGGAUUUCCAACCUAACACGGGGAAGAAGUACAUAGAUCAGAGAUUUGUUUUACAGCUGUUAGAAUUAUUUGAUAGUGAAGACCCCAGGGAAAGGGACUUUCUAAAAACUAUAUUGCACAGGAUCUAUGGAAAAUUCUUAGGGUUGAGAGCUUAUAUUAGGAAACACAUAAACAAUAUGUUUUACAGAUAUAUUUAUGAAACUGAACAUUGCAAUGGUAUAGCAGAAUUGUUGGAAAUAUUAGGCAGCAUCAUCAAUGGGUUUGCAUUACCCCUAAAGGAGGAGCACAAGGUGUUCCUACUGAAGGUGUUGCUUCCCCUACACAAGGCCAAAUCCCUCAGUGUGUACCACCCACAGCUAGCUUACUGUGUGGUGCAGUUCCUGGAGAAAGACCCAAGCUUAACAGAACCGGUAAUAAUGGGGCUUCUAAAGUACUGGCCAAAAGUACACAGUCCAAAAGAGGUGAUGUUCCUGAAUGAACUAGAAGAAAUAAUGGAUGUGAUAGAACCUGCAGAAUUUAACAAAAUCAUGGUUCCUCUUUUUAAACAGUUAGCUAAAUGUGUCUCCAGUCCACAUUUCCAGGUGGCUGAGCGAGCGUUGUACUUCUGGAAUAAUGAAUACAUCCUAAGUCUGAUUAGCGAUAACGCGUCCACAAUCCUGCCAAUUAUGUUUCCAGCCUUGUAUAAGAGCAAGGAACAUUGGAACAAAACUAUACAUGGACUCAUCUAUAAUGCUCUGAAACUGUUCAUGGAAAUGAACCAGAAGCUCUUUGAUGACUGUACACAACAGUAUAAAACAGAGAGACAAAAGGAAAAAGAAAAGAAUAAACAAAGGGAAGACAACUGGUGUAAAGUUCAAAAUCUGGCAAUGGGAAAUCCGCAAUUUAAGCAGUUUGCUUCGUUAAAUUCGGAGAAAUUUGGAAAUCCAGGGACGCCGAACAGUGUAGAGGACAAUGACGGCGAUAUCAUGGCGAAUUUUGAAAAGUUACAAAAAGAAGCGAGCGAGGUAUGUAUGACGAAGAAGAAAGGGAAAGAAAAGCCGCUACUUCGUCGGAAAUCAGAACUACCACAUGACAUAAGCAUGAUUAGGGCCUUGGAGUCUCACAAACGCAGUGAAGACUAUCUGUCUACCUCCGCCGAGAGCCAGAGUGCAAACUGAGACACAAUAUCAAAUGCCAUACCGAGGACCAUAAUGCAACAAACAAAAUGGAGGAGACAAAAUUGUGAACCUGGAAUACUGCAAGUCAAUCAUGUAGCCAUGUCUUAUUUUUGUGUGUGUGUUUGUGUAUGAUUGUGCGUGCAAUUGUCCGAGUAUUAAUUUUUAAUUUGUAGAUGCCCAGGUUAAUGAAUGAAACAAUUAUCAAUUAUACAUAUUUAUAAAUGUACAUUGUAUCUAUAUACACGAUAUUUUUAUGGUGUACUUAUAUAUGUAUUAUGUUCAAUUUGUUUGGUUGUAGAAUAUUUUUUUAAGAUUAUGUAGUUCACAUAGUGAGGAGUAAAAGUGUUAGGUAAUGGAAAUAAGCAGAAGGGAAAAAAAAUUGUUAUUUAUCAGUAAUCAGAAAUGUCCAGUUUGUGGAUCGCCUGUACUGAUUUAAGUUGACUUGCAGUGUAUCAUGGGUAAAAUUUCCGAGAUUAUUGUUGUGUUGAGGCCUUCCCCAUUGGUGGAAAAAGACAGGAAACACAUCUAUUAUAAAGCACUGUGAUAGGACACCCUCCUCCCCCUCCUUUCUCUCUCUCUGAGUUUAUUGACCAUUAUUUUGGUAUAAUUCUGAAUAAACUAUGCACUUAUAAGUAAUCUUAAACUUUUUUUCUCCCCUCUAGUUUCUAUGUAAAUUGUAUGGUUGUCAUCAAAAAAAAAGAUGUUGAGUGUGAGGGUACUGUUGAAUAUUGGAUCAGUUGAUAGAUGCCAAAGCUGUGUUUUAUGUUGUUCCUGAAAGAAAACUAUAUGUUUGUUCCCGCUGAAAUGAAACAUUAUAACGCAGGGAUACUCUGCACUGUAGUGUACAUGUGUAUUAUGGGACUUGUUGAAGAUUAUCAAAAUAUUGUGUUUUUUUCCUUUAUUCUGGCCUAUAUGAAUGUAUUAUCAAGAUGUCUUUUAAACAGUGAAGGAAAAAGAAAAGAUGAAUAAAAGGGAAAUGUUGCAUUCCAGAAACACACCCCAUAGAUUUUUUUUCACUUAUUCCCUGUGUAUAUUCACUUAUUCUUAAGCAAGAAAUCUGUGAUAGAAUCUGGUCAUCUUUUUUUUUUUUUAAAAUAUUGUGUUACUGAUAUGUUGAUGUAUGUUUUCAAUUGUUAUAAAGGAAAAUGUGAACAAUAGCCAAAUUCUAGUGAUGUUUUUUUUUACUUGAGGUUUUUUUUCUCAUUUUUUGAACAAUAUGUGGAUAACAAAAACAAAAAUAAAAAAUUAUUUGUAAAAUUGAGAAAAAAAUUGGCAACAGUAAGUGUAUGCAUAUUGGGUUUUUUUCUUUCAAUUAUUUUGGAUGAUACUCUGAAUUCAGGAAUUGAUAUUGGAAUUACCUUUAAUGCUAUUUUAAGUGAUGAAGCUUACUGGUUUGGGAAAAUCCUCCCACUUUUUCAUCUUUUAUAUGCAAAGUUUUUGUAAAUUUCGGUUCAUGUUGCCAAUUUGUAUAUGAAAAAAUUGGGAGUCUGGCUAUUGCAAUAGGAUGAGUGCAUGUGCCUUUAGAGGUCAUACAAAUUAUGAUUCCGUAAUUAAAAAGAGGAGAAUGGUUUCUCAAUCUGUGUUUGUUCUUUGAGAAAAUCAUCAUGGAAUUUAAAAGAAAAAAAACAGUCAUUAAGUUUUCCUGUAAUAGACACAAAUGCAUUCCAGAUCAUAGAUCAUGAUAGUCAGGUUACUAAAUCACACUGUCAAAGGGAAAUUACUCUGGAAUGAUUGAGGAUUGGGUUAUUUCACUGUUUUGUAGCGAGUUCAUUUAAGGGUAAGCGAAUCAAGGGAAAAUGUUAUUGUUAUAUUGUUAAUUUCUAGGAUAUAAUUCUGUUUUUUUUUUUAAUGGGAAAAAAAUGGGCUUUUUUUUCCAUGGUACAGUUGAGAAAAUUGUUUAUGUACUGCUACAAAAACUGUUUGAAGUUAAAGUGUAUGUUCUGUAAGUAACUUCACAAUCUGCUUUUAGUUCAUGAACAAGUGUUGGAGAUGAUUGUAAUGUUUUGUGCCAAUAAACAUAUUGCAGACUUCAUUUACUGAUGUGAUUUCAUAUAAACUUUUCUGUCGGCAUGGUAUAAUUAACUUGCAAUAUCUUGGGGAAUACGACAUAUGAUAGAAUUUUUCUGUAUUUUUUACUCUUCUGUUUUUUUUAUGUAGCUUUAAGUGUUGGUGCAGUAAAUAUCUCCACUAAGUUAUAUUGAAUGAAAUUCUUAUGUGGAAAAAGAAUUAUUGUAUUGGAUAUAUUUGACAAAUUCAGUUAGAUUCAAAGAGAAAUGAAAAUGGAAUUCACUAGACAACAGUUAGUGCUGUUUUGAAAGAAACAUUGCAUGGACAUGGGUAAACUUUGGACCACCAUCAUUAUGCACAUUUAAUUUAUUGUAUUUGUUUAAGUUGUUUGCAUAUCACAGGACAAGCUUUUGUUCAUUAUAAUAUGUGGCCCAAUUUGGGCCAUGCUUGCGGUAGGGAAAGGUGUUUAUAAUUAUUUUGAAAUUACUUCUUUUGUAGUGUGAAUUUGGUAUUGUAUGAAAAGGGUACAUAUGACUGGAGAUGAUUGGGUGAUAAUCUAAGUACAAUAGAUUGAACAUUGAGAUUUUUAUCAAAGUUCUGAUUAGAGAGUGCUGGUGGCAAGAAGAAGUCACUUGUAUGGGUAAAUAGAUUCGAAAAACUGAAUUUUUAAAAAAAAAAAAAAAUAUAAAUUUUGUAAUCUUGAUAUGAAUGAUUUAUCUAUACUUCUGUAAUUUUGUUGAAACUAAUGCGCCAUAUUUAUCAGUGCUAAUAUGGAAGACUUACAUUAAAUGUACACUAUGUUAUUCACAGUUCUAACAAGAGCAUUUAGUGAUCUCAUUUGUCCUUUGUAAAUCUCCACUUAUCCUGUUUCAUUGCAGUGAAUGUGUAACUAGGUAUGUAGUAUGUUUUUCCCAUUAUAUUUUUUCCGGUGUAACACUUUUUUUCUUUCAUUUUUUGGGGGAAUUGGAGAUAAUAUGUAAACGUCACUAGUUUUAUUAUAAUGCAUCUUUAUCAACAAAAAAAGUAUAAAAAAAAAAAUUUCGUACAAAUUUUUUAUAUGAUCCAAUUUUUCUGAUGCCUCAGGAAAACACAUUAAUGAUUGAUACACUUUGUCUGUCUGUCUGUUAAUCCAUCGACAUUUCGUCAUAUCUUGAAUUCUAUAAACAUAUUAGAAAACUCUGUUCGGUAACAUGAUUGUUUUUACAAACGCAUCUUAUUCUCAUUUUUUACUCUAUGUUUUAGUUAAAAAGAAAAUUCUUUCCUACAGAUAUGUUUGUAUUGUAAAUGGCUGACAUUUUGAUUAUACAAUAUUGUGAGUGAACUAUUGGUGUUUGAGCAUAUUUAACAAGAAAUGGGAAGGAAAAGCUGUGAUUUGUAUUGUAUAGCUCUAUAUAAUCUGACCAGGAACAAAAUAUUACAUAUUAAAAAAAAAAAAAGAGUGUAUGUAUGGAAUUGGGAGAUGUUUAGUCAGAGAGUAUAACAUGCCUGACUGCUAUGUGUAACUGUUGUCGACAAAAAAAAAUCAAUCUUCAUUUUUUUUUCUUUCUUAAAAAAAAAUAAAACAAAAACUUAUCUUU